AUGGCAAUUUGCCAGCUCUAUCAUGUGAGAGCCAGUGUUCUGGUUGGUGCAAGCCAACAUGCGUCCAUGUUAUCUAUGAGCCAGGGUGCAGAGCAUGCAUUGCAUAUACUGAUAUCCACAACUCGACAUCAAGAUGACCUGACCCCAUCUGGUGAAAGAUUAUUUAGGGUCCCAACAGUAGAGGAGUCGAUUGUCCCUGUACGACGCGGUACUAUCCGUCCAACAUACAAUAUAGGAAACUGGGCAAAACCUGGACACUUGACAGCUAUCUUUCAAGUAUUCGUGUUGACUGGAAUCGAAUACAGUGGUCUCGGUCUUUCUGUAUACAUGUAUAAACAUAGCCAGUCACAAGAAAUCAUGCCUGCCGGGGAAUUAAGCUCCUCACCGGUCAAUCUUGAAAUGUUUCAUUCCCUGCGUGCAUCCCUGAUCCUGGGCUCUGUGCAUGCACAUACAAUGCGCAGAUCAUCAGACGGGGUUUACAGCCUCGCUACAAGAUAUGGGAAUUCCUUUUUUGGGAAUGCAAACACCUCACGCAAGUGUCUUACAUGCAGCGGCAGAGGCGCAAAUAUUUCUACAUAUCUAUAUCUUCAACCUGUGCAUAGCUGCUCUAAAGACUUAUUCCUACCUGCACUAAGAGGUCAUGGUUACUGUGUCUUUAUGCAGAUGUCCAACCUUUCAGAAAACCCAUGCUCCCACGAUGACAUUCCAUAA